AUGCAGAGCAAGGUGGACGUCACCUUCUGGAGCGCUCUGGGUGACCUCAAACUGCACCGCUUGAAGCUGGAGGAGGGCCCGGAGCCUCUGCGAGCCUCCUGGUCACCCAGCAACCAUGCCGAGCUGCCUGGCAUGCUCACGGUGUCCGCCGCGUCGCUGGCGGGGCAGCCUGGCGCGGAAGGGUCGGCGGCGGCGGCGGGAGCGCCGCUGGCAGGAGCCUUCCCCGCUACUGGCAGCCUCUAUGUGCUCAACACGAUGGAGCGGCUGGCCAGCUUUGACCGCAAGGCCGCAGUGGCAGAGGUGUGCGUCGGCAUGUGGGCGGCCAUCCAUUCGGGUGCUGCGGAGCGGAAGCCCAGCCUGCUGCUGGGCACGGUACUGCUGGCGUACUGCGACCUGAAGCACUACAAGUACCGCUACUGGUUUGCGGUGCCCGCCCUCCAGCCACCGCAGCCCUUCACGCUCACUGCCACCCCCACCAGCAUGCAGCAGGCGCUGGGAGAGCAGGCCGCGGAUCUGGCGGCAGCGGCAUGCAGCGACCAUCUGGCAGCCGUUGGCCAGCCGGCCUGGCUGGUGGCGGUGGGCGGCGGUGGCGAGGUGGAGGCGGCGCCGCUCACCGACUGGCACCGCCUGCAGCAGGGAGGCGUCAGCGGCGGCCAGCGGCGCCUGUACCUGACCGUCGCCGACAGCAGCAGCCUGGCGGAGCACCCCGGCUGGCCGCUGCGCAACCUGCUGCUGCUGGCGGCGGCGCGGUGGGGCUGCCGCCAGCUGGGGGUGCUGUGCCUGCGGGAGCGGCGCGGCCGCUUUGACGCCGCCGCCAGCCUGGCGCUGGCCGUCGCGCUGCCAGACCUGCCCCCGGGCUUCUGCCCAGCGCCGCUGGGCGGCUGGGAGUCCAAUGAGCGGGGCAAGCUGGGGCCUCGGGGCGCCGACCUGGGGCCUGCCAUGGACCCCCGCCUGUUGGCCGAGUCGGCUGUGGACCUCAACCUGCGGCUGAUGCGGUGGCGAGCAGCGCCCAGCCUGGAUGUCGGCGCCAUUGCAGCGACGCGGUGCCUGCUGCUGGGCGCCGGCACGCUGGGCUGCUCGGUGGCGCGCACGCUGCUGGGCUGGGGCGUGAGGCACAUCACGCUUGUGGACAACUCGCGGGUGGCCUACAGCAACCCGGUACGUCAGUCGCUGUACUGCUUCGAGGACUGCCUGGAGGGCGGCAAGCCCAAGGCGGCGGCCGCCGCCGACGCGCUGCGCCGCAUCUUCCCGGGGGCCGUCGCUCGAGGCGUGCAGCUCAGCAUCCCCAUGCCCGGCCACCCCAUCGCAGAUGGGGAGCUGGCGCAGGCGCGGCGCGACAUCGCGGCGCUGGAGGCGCUGGUGGGGGGCCACGACGUCGUCUUCCUGCUGAUGGACACGCGGGAGAGCCGGUGGCUGCCCACCCUGCUGUGCGCGGCGCUGGGCCGCCUGGCCAUCAACGCCGCCCUGGGCUUUGAUGGCUUCAUGGUCAUGAGGCAUGGGGCCCCCGUGCCGCCAGAGGCGGAACAGCUGCCUGGCGGCGGCGGCAGCGGCGUGCCCGCAGCGGCGCCGCGGCCGGCGCCCCCGCCGCCCAGCGUUGUUGGCAGCCGCCUGGGCUGCUACUUUUGCAACGAUGUGGUGGCUCCCAUCAACUCCACGGUGGACCGCACGCUGGACCAGCAGUGCACGGUGGCGCGCCCCGGCCUCAGCGCCAUCGCCGGCAGCCUGGCGGCGGAGCUGAUGGCGGCGGUGGUGCAGCAGCCCGCGGGCGCCGGCGCCCCCGCGGCCGGCAGCCCCCCGGCCGCCGCGCAGCAGGCUGCGGCCGGGGGCGAGGCGCCGCCGCUGGGCCACGCCCCGCACAUGAUCCGCGGCCAGCUGGGCGGCUUCACCCAGAUGUGCCUGACGGGGCAGGCCUUCCGCCAGUGCACCGCCUGCUCCGAGGCGGUGGUGCGCGAGUACCGGCGGCGCGGCCACGACUUCCUGGUGCAGGGCUUGCUGGACCCCAAGCACCUGGAAGACCUUACGGGGCUCACCGAGCUGCACCGCGCCAGCGAGGCGGCGCUGGAGGCCUGGGCCUCGUCAGACGACGAGGAGGGGGAGCUUGGGGGCGUGUAUGCAGGGGCAGGAGCGGGCAGCAGCCUCGGCGAGCAGCGCGGUGCACCAACAGGAGCGCAGCCGGGGGCAGCGGCGGCAGAGGGGGAGGAGGACUGGGAGGAGCUGUGACACUGGUGUAAGUUGGAGCUUGAUGUAUUCACAAAAACGCUAGCGUGUAAUUGUAUUAUGUU